CCAUCUCUCUCCCUUUCCUUGUGUGCGUUAGAUUUGGAGUGUCGCAUGCCCACCGCUUUCUAUAUGGUCGUUCCGUUCGUUUUAUAAAGACCGGAUUUCUUCUUCACCCUCUUCUUUCCUCCUGCCUUUUCUUCUUCGCUUCUCCGCCCCUUCAAUACCGCGUUUCUCCUCUCAAGGGCAAUGGCGGAGAACGGGGAUUUCAGCUUCGCCAAGGACGGCAACGUGGUGGCACGCAACGGGCUUCCUCGGAUCCAGACCCAUGGCAGCAGCAAGACGAAGCCGGAGAACGGGAUCUGCCACGACGACAGCACGCCGCCGGUGAAGGCCCAGACCAUCGACGAGCUCCACUCCCUCCAGAAGAAGAGAUCCACCCCCACCACCCCCAUCAAGGACAAGGACGGCCAAGGUGGCGCCCCCUUCGCCACCCUUUCCGAGGAGGAGCGCCACAAGCUCCAGCUCCAAUCCAUCAGUGCGUCGCUGGCAUCCUUGACUCGAGAGACAGGGCCGAAGGUGGUGAAGGGCGACCCGGCUAGGAAGUCAGAGACACCGAGGGUCGGGCCGGAGCACCACCACUAUUUCACCCCUGCCAUCAGCGUCAGUGACAGCGCCCUCAAGUUCACCCACGUCCUCUACAACCUCUCCCCGGCCGAGCUGUAUGAACAAGCCAUUAAGUAUGAGAAGGGAUCAUUUAUAACGUCGACAGGGGCCUUGGCCACCUUGUCUGGUGCAAAAACAGGUCGUUCUCCAAGGGACAAACGUGUCGUCAAGGAUGAGACCACCGCAGAGGAGCUCUGGUGGGGAAAGGGCUCACCCAACAUUGAGAUGGAUGAACACACGUUCCUGGUGAACAGGGAGAGGGCUGUUGAUUACCUGAAUUCUCUGGACAAGGUGUUCGUCAACGAUCAAUUCCUGAACUGGGACCCUGAGAAUCGGAUCAAAGUCCGGAUCGUCUCGGCAAGGGCCUACCAUUCCCUGUUCAUGCAUAACAUGUGCAUCCGGCCCACGCCUGAAGAACUGGAGAAUUUCGGUACUCCGGACUUCACGAUAUACAAUGCAGGACAGUUUCCAUGUAAUCGUUACACGCAUUACAUGACAUCCUCUACUAGCAUAGAUCUAAAUCUUGCUAGGAGGGAAAUGGUCAUCCUCGGCACGCAGUAUGCCGGGGAGAUGAAGAAGGGUCUGUUCAGUGUGAUGCAUUAUCUCAUGCCUAAGAGACGAAUCCUCUCCUUGCAUUCCGGCUGCAAUGUGGGCAAAGAUGGUGACGUUGCCCUCUUCUUUGGAUUAUCAGGCACCGGGAAGACCACUCUAUCCACGGAUCAUAAUAGGCUGCUCAUCGGUGAUGAUGAGCACUGUUGGAGCGACGACGGUGUCUCUAACAUUGAGGGUGGCUGUUAUGCCAAGUGCAUCGAUCUAUCAAAGGACAAGGAGCCUGACAUCUGGAACGCCAUCAAGUUCGGAACUGUGGUGGAGAAUGUGGUAUUUGAUGAGCACACCCGGGAAGUCGACUAUUCGGACAAAUCUGUUACCGAAAACACUCGCGCUUCUUAUCCCAUUGAAUACAUCCCCAAUGCACAGAUUCCGUGCGUUGGGCCGCACCCCAAAAAUGUGAUCCUCCUGGCGUGUGAUGCUUUUGGCGUGCUCCCACCUGUGAGCAAGUUGAGCCUUGCUCAGACCAUGUACCAUUUCAUCAGCGGCUACACUGCACUGGUGGCUGGCACGGAAGAUGGCAUCAAAGAGCCGCAGGCGACUUUCUCUGCUUGCUUCGGAGCAGCAUUCAUCAUGCUCCAUCCCACUAGGUAUGCGGCCAUGCUGGCCGAGAAAAUGCACAGGUAUGGUGCCACUGGGUGGCUUGUCAACACCGGCUGGUCUGGUGGAAGAUAUGGUGUUGGGAAUCGCAUUAAGCUGGCGUACACUCGGAAGAUCAUUGAUGCCAUACACUCUGGUAGCCUCCUGACCGCCGGUUACAAAAAGACGGAGGUGUUCGGGCUGGAGAUCCCGGCUGAAGUCGAAGGCGUGCCAUCCGAAAUCCUGGACCCGGUGAACACCUGGGAGGACAAAGCGGCCUACAAGGAGACUCUGCUGAAGCUCGCUGGUCUGUUCAAGAAGAACUUCGAGGUGUUUGCGAACUACAAGAUCGGAAAGGACAGCAAGCUAACCGAGGAAAUCCUUGCUGCUGGCCCCAACUUCUGAACCUUCGUAAAGCAGGAGGAGAGAUGCGAAUCAUAUAAUGGAUGAAAACAAAAUACAUACGAACGAAAGUAUGGAUGGUGACGACAGCCUUAGAAGCCUUACUAGCUAGCUAGUGAAGUAGUUCAUUUUGUUACCGUAACUUAUGAUAAAUUAUAUAUGAUCUUAUGUGAAACUCUUUCUGCUGAUCCCUCGUCCGGCAAUCCUUGAAUUUCAAAUUCA